AUGAUUGAGACACCAUCUUUUUGGGAUUUGGCCACGGGCUUCUUUCUAGCAGCUUUGGAGGAAAGAGAUUCCUUCCUUGGUGUCUUUUUCGUAAUAGAGGGAUCAAGGGAUGGUGUCUUUUUGACCACCUUUUGUGGAGCAACUUCUGGUAAACCGAUCAUCUAUUCUGAACUGUCUGAGUCAGAAUCAGCAACAUUGGCAUCCAAAAGCUUAGUGGGAUCUUCUUUUCAAUCAUCAUAUUCUAGAGACUCGAAUUCAAUAGUAGUUUCUUCAUCUUCCUUCUUUGAAGAAGAACAAGGCGGUGACCUAACGUCUUCGGAUUCAAGCAAGGGCUUCUCGAUCUGCAACUUCACGGCUGGAGUUCGAGGUGUUGAUAUUAAAUAUGAAAAUCAGAUUUCGCAAGUUAUUUUAAAAGGUUUAUUAAUACUAGCCAAGAUUAUGCAAGAAGAUAAACAUGGUUCCAAAAGAGAUAUCUAUUACAUGCACCCAGCUGUAUUUUCAGACCAGUCAGUUGUAGACCGGGCAAUCAAUGACAUAUGCAUCCUUAUGCGCUGCAGUAGACACAAUUUAAAUGUGGUGUCUAUUGGAAAUGGGUUGGUGAUGGGAUGGCUUAGAUUCUCAGAAUCUCAAAAGAUACUUGAUUUCAUAAAUAGGCCAAGCACUGCUCACCCAAUUCCUAUUCACGUUGAAGAAGUUAAAGAUGUAGUUAGUGUUGCCCAAUACAUUCUUGUUUUGGAGAAAGAAUCAGUGUUCCAACGAUUGGCAAAUGACCAAUUCUGUAACAAAAACCGUUGCAUUGUUAUCACAGGUCGAGGUUAUCCUGAUAUUCCUACGAGAAGGUUUUUGCGUCUGCUUAUUGAUACUCUGCAUCUCCUGGCAUAUUGCUUGGUAGAUUGUGAUCUUUAUGGUUUUGACAUUCUGUCUACAUAUCGAUUUGGUUCAAUAAAAAUGGCAUACGAUACAAAAAAUUUAAGGGUCCCAGAGAUAAAAUGGCUUGGAGUUUUUCCUUCAGAUUCUGACAAGUAUUGUAUUCCAAACCAAUGUUUUCUUCCUUUGACAAUAGAAGACAAAAGGAAAACUGAAGCCGUGUUACACAGAUGCUACCUACAAAGAGAGGUGCCGCAAUGGAGACUGGAGCUAGAGGUGAUGCUGCAAAGAGGAGUGAAGUUUGAGAUAGAAGCAUUAUCUGUGCAUGCAUUAUCCUUCUUAUCAGAGGAGUACAUACCAUCUAAAAUUCAAGGUGGGUUCUACAUCUAAUCUUUUGAAAAUUAUAUGUAUUUGUCAAGUAGG